AUUAUUGACUACAUAAUGUCGUUGUUGCGACGAAUUGUGCACCGUAGCCAAAUAUACAGACUUGCGCUAGUUCGAUAUUCUAGCAAUGUUAAGCAAGAAGCUAAAAAUCUCACACAGCACAACGAUUCCGAAACUCAUUUUGGAUUUCAAACGGUUAAAGAAAAUGACAAAUGGAAAAAGGUGCACAAAGUGUUUGAAGAGGUUGCGGCAUCGUACGAUUUGAUGAACGAUGCUAUGUCGAUGGGAGUUCACCGAAUAUGGAAAGAUAUCUUCAUGGAACGAUUAUCACCGGUCGGGAACGGAAUACGGCUUCUCGACAUGGCUGGCGGCACGGGAGAUAUUUCAUUCCGUUACAUGAAAUAUUUACAGAAACUUCCAGCUGGCGAUCGACAACCAAGUCAUGUCACGGUGUGUGACAUCAAUCAAAAUAUGCUUGAUGUUGGUCAAAAACGCUGGGAAAAAUUGAACUUGCCAACUGCCGGCGAUACGAUUGAAUGGGUUUGUGCAGAUGCCGAAAAAUUGCCUUUCGAUGAUUCGUCGUUUAGUGUGUACACAAUUGCUUUUGGAAUCAGAAACUGUACUCAUAUCGAUCGGGUUCUUGCCGAGGCCUAUCGAGUCCUUAAACCGGGUGGUCGUUUCAUGUGUCUUGAAUUCAGCCAUGUCAACAACGAGUACCUGAAAUGGUUAUAUGACCAAUAUUCGUUUCAAGUUAUUCCACCGAUGGGACAAAUUUUAGCCAACCAAUGGCAACCGUAUCAGUACUUGGUAGAGAGCAUCCGAAAGUUUCCACCGCAACAUGAAUUCAAAAUGAUGAUUGAGAACGCUGGUUUCAAAUGUGUUCAAUAUGAAAAUUUAACCUUCGGUGUUGUUGCGAUACAUUCAGGGUUUAAGCUUUAAGCUGAAUGUAGUUCAAGAAC